GCAGAGCGGAGCAGUCAGUUGAGUCAGUUCACCUCACUCAGUUGCCCGAUGCGUGGUGUGAGAGGCGGACGAGUGCCACUAUUCCUCACUAACCAUCCUGUUGGCACUAAAUCCACUACCCCCAACACCCACACGGAUAUCCGCACACCCCUUUGAUACCUUCUGGGUGUAGAAAAGGCAUCGGGCACCCCAGGAAACACCUCCCUCACACGCACCUUACCCAACCAAGCCACUUCAACCCCUCGCCCUCCACAACAUCACUAGUCACAAGGAUUUAGUGUUGGGAGAGAGAAGUGGUGUUGUGUGGUGGUGUUGUGUUUUGGUGUUGAGGUGAAGGAAGGAAGGACAAGCUCGCUACUGCUGCCUCGCGAUUGUGGUGUAUUAGUAGUGGAAGGAAUACAUAGCUAGCGUGUGUGUGUGUGUAUAUAUUCUGUGUAUACGUUUAGUGUGGUGUUAUACUACUACUACUACUACUACUACUACUACUACUACUACGACUACUACUACUGCAGAAAUGUGUGUGUAGUCCCUUAGUAGAAAUCAAAAAAAGGGAAGAAAGAAAGAAGAAAUAAUACCAACGAAAUAAGAAAGCAAAUGAUAUACCAACUGAGGAAAUAACACAUACACAAACACACUCACACAUAAACAACCCGAUCAAGGAAAGAAGGAUACAAAACAAGGAAAAGAAAAGAUUAAAACUCCACCACAUACCAAUACACAAGUGGAUCGAAUGGACUGGUUAAAAGCAACCCACAAAGCCGGUGGUGAAGGAGGUGGAUGUGGAGCAGAAGGACGUUGGUAUAAGUAAUAGAAACCAAACCCCAUAGAAAAGUGGAGGUGACGAAGAAACCAGAAGCAGAAAACACCACCAACACCACUAACACCACACCACUCAACACCACGUGAAAAAAAAAAUCCCCAAACCAAGCCUAUCAGUGCCUUUGGGUGGUGUGUGUGCGUGUGUGUGUGGAGUGGUUGGCAGGUGGAGUAGGAGGAGGAGAAGGCGUGUGAGUGCAUGAGCGGGUCUGUGCUUUGCGGAGGUGGUGGAGGUGGAGGUGGAGCUGCUGGAGGCUCGACCCUUCUCCCCUGCACUGUGGUGGAGUCAAGUCUUCGGCGUCUGUUAGGCCGGCACACGGGCGAAGGAGGAGCCUACCCUGGCCGUGACCUGACCGCGGGCAAGACGGCAGACACACGCAAGGUGUGCCGCGUGUGGGCUGGGCCGGGCGCCGCCGUGUGCUGGGUGGGAGCCGCCGCCACAGUGGAGGCUCGCGGGGCCGCGUCCGGGGCCCUGCCGCCUCAAGCCCCCGCCAACCCCGCCCCCGCCCCGGCCCCCGCCCCUGCACCGCCCCAGGCACCGCCCCCGCCCCCACCGCCCCCCCAACAGCCACAAGCUCCUCAGCCGGGCCACGCGGCGGCCGCCCUCCCUGCCGCCGCCCCCCCUAACCCCCCUCACCUGGCCCCGCAGCACCCUCAGGCCGCGGCGGUAGCCGUAGCGGCGGCGGCGGCGACGUCACAGAGACACCAAGGCCCGCCGCCCCUGGCCGCGGCAGCGGCGGCGGCGGCGGCACACGUGGCGGGGGCGGCGGCCCACCCAGCAGAAGUGCUCAUCCCGCCCGCGCACCACCCCGCCAUGGUUGGCCACGCCCACUCCGUGUUGGGCGGGGGUGGCGGCGGCGCGGGGGGAGCCUCAGGGGGCCACGUGAGCUCCGGCGCUGCCUCUAUGUCCGUGACGCGCGUGCCCUCCCCCCUCCCCGCCGAGAGCAACAUGCCGGUGGCCGAGAACUGGUGCUACACACAGGUGAAGGUGAUCAAGUUUAGCUACAUGUGGUCCAUCAACAACUUCAGCUUCUGUCGCGAGGAGAUGGGCGAAGUGCUCAAGUCCUCCACCUUCUCCGCCGGCGCCAACGACAAACUCAAGUGGUGUCUCCGGGUUAACCCCAAGGGGCUGGACGAGGAGAGCAAGGACUACCUCUCCCUCUACCUGCUCCUUGUGUCCUCCAAUAAGUCAGAAGUGCGCGCCAAGUUCAAGUUCUCAAUCCUCAACGCCAAGAGAGAGGAGACCAAGGCAAUGGAGAGCCAACGUGCCUACAGGUUCGUACAGGGCAAGGAUUGGGGGUUCAAGAAGUUCAUCCGCCGUGACUUUCUGCUGGAUGAGGCCAACGGGCUUCUCCCAGACGACAAGCUGACACUCUACUGUGAGGUGUCGGUAGUGGCAGACAGUGUAAACAUCUCCGGGCAAAGCAAUGCCAUCCACUUUAAGGUUCCCGACUGCCGCCUCUCCGAUGAGCUGGGCAGCCUCUUUGAGUCUCAGCGGUUCUCAGAUGUUACCCUCUCCGUCGCCGGGAGGGAGUUCCAGGCCCACAAGGCUAUUCUCGCAGCCCGGUCUCCAGUGUUCGCGGCAAUGUUCGCCCACGAGAUGGAGGAGCGGAAGCACAAUCGCGUCGAAAUCCAAGAUGUGGACCAUGAAGUGUUGAGGGAGAUGCUACGUUUUAUCUACACAGGCAAGGCCACCAACCUCGAGAAGAUGGCCGAUGACCUACUGGCAGCGGCUGACAAGUACGCGUUGGAGCGGCUGAAGGUGAUGUGCGAGGAGGCUCUCUGUGUCAACCUGAGCACGGAGAACGCCGCCGACGUCCUCAUCUUGGCUGACCUCCACUCGGCCGACCAACUCAAGGCGCAGGCCAUAGAAUUUAUCAACACACAUGCCACUGACGUCAUGGAGACACAGGGAUGGAAGUCCAUGAUCCAGUCCCACCCGCACCUCAUCGCCGAAGCCUUCCGCGCUCUGGCCACUCGGCAGUUUCAACGCCACGCCACGCAAGAGGAUCCAGCCCAUGAUCUCGGCAACACUUCCCACCAACCCACAGACUGCCUCAGGCCCGCCCCGCCCUCCCACACACUCCCCCACGCCCCAGUUGCCUCCCCGUGGCACCGCAGGGGAGCACAUAGGGGGGUGAGGGGAGGGGCGGGCCACCCCUUCCCACCAGUCAAGAGUACAAUACAGGGAGGCGCAUCCCACUCACUCAGGACGCCCAGACUCACCUCUCUCGGCUCCCCUCGGCCACUCGGACCAAGAGACGAGGCCAUUGCUUGAUCUCAGUGCACACAUGCGCGCACACACACAGACAGGCACACACACACAUACACACACACACUCACGCACACUUACAAUAACCAUACACCUAUCAUCACACACUUACACGCACACGCACGCACACACACACAUGAGCUGAGGGUCACUACUAGUAUGACUCAUGAGGACUCGGCUCCCCUCCCCCUCCCCACCUCCCCUUUACACAUCCCCUUCCUGCCCCCACCAACACCCUCAACUACACCCCCGUUCUCCCUCCCUCCCCCCUCCCCAAGUCGAGGCCUCACCCCCACCAGGCUGCCCCACCACCCCGCCUCACCCCAGCAGGACUCUGGGGGCCACGGGGUAAAGAAAACGUGAAUCCUCGGCAUUGUACAAGGUUUACUUUAGUCUGUGCUUUCUUAGGUUAUAGAAAACGGGCUUCGGGGGCCAAGACACAGAAAAUGGAUUAUGGGACAAGGAAAACGAGACUAAUAACCUCCACUCUCUCCUUCCCCCUCUCUCCUGAUCAUCCUCUGCCACCUCCUCCUCUUCCUUCUCCUUCUUCAAGUGAUUUAUCGUGAAAAAAUGAAAAAAAUGAAAAAAAGAAGUCUUGACCCCUGACAGUGGAUGGUGAGUGUAGAAAACGGAGAAAUGAACACGCAAAUAAACAAACGAUGCAAACGAUGAAAAAACUAAAUAAAACGGAAACUAAACAAACAGGAACGAACCCAAAAAGACAAACCUCAUGGAGUACCACCACCCAUCACUGCCCCCCCUCACCCCUCACCUACCAGUACCACCCGUCACCCCACCCCUCCUCUACCCCCUCCCCGUCAUCACCCCCAGUGCCGUGAAAAGACGAUACAUAACUGAGUCGGUGAUCUUGCUGUACAUCUCUUUUACCCUCCCCCCCCCAUCACCCUCCUUACACCCCAAAUCACCCCCUCGUCACCCCAAUCACCUCCCCGAUGCAGAACUUUAAACAGACAAGCAAGGACAUGAACUUGAUUUUACUCUGACUCCCCCAGUGUGUGUGUUUGUAAGGCUAUAAAGAAAAUUGGAAAAGAGGAAAAUGCAAGAACAAUAUAUAUGAAAUGAGGACCUACAUUGCUACUGAUGGAUCUUUUCAGUUUGUAAUGUUUGUAUAUUUUACUUUGUGGCGGAGGGAGGUUGCAGAAAAGAUAUAUGAGGAGGAGGAGAAGGAGCUGGCAGGGGGUGCGGCGGAGGCGUUUUGGGGCACGCACAGAGAACUUUUUUUUUGUUGUUGUUGCCGGAGGGAGAAGAGGGGAAAGAAAGUGACCCUGAACUGUGAGUAGUGCGAGGGGUGACGGACUUAAUUUAUUAGUUUUGUGUAUACUUUUUUUUUUCCCUUGUUCUGUUUCAUUAUUUGUUUCACCGCUCUUUGUAACGUGUUUGAAAAAAUGGAUGUGACGUUCGAGAGAGAGAAAGUGAAGAAAAAAGGACUGAUGUUAUUUUCUUUAUUAUUAUUUUUCUUUUGUGUUAAUCGAGAUAAAAAGAGGAAGCGAGACGUUAUUUUUUUUAUUUCCGUGCUUAAUUUUUUUUUGUUGUAGCUUUUUAAUUUAUUUUUGUUGUCAUCAUUAUUUAGUAUUAUUACAAGGAUGUUUAUUUUUUACCACUGGCUGUCAUUCUCAUCAGUAUCGUAGUAUGUUUAUUUUUAUUUUUUCAUCACUAUUAUCAUUAUUAUUAGCGCUAUAUUCUUGUUGUUGUUGUUGUUGUUGGCGCCUGGGGUAGCUGCGCCGUUUCCUAAGUUGUGUGUCAUUGCGGAACUUUUUUUUCCCCCUUUUUUUUUCACCAACGGGAAGAGGAGUGAUCUUUCAUUUAUGAGUGUGUGUAUCUUCCGUGCCUCAGUUUGGCGGAGGGAAGGAAGGAAGGGCAGACGGACAGAAGAAAUAAUUGCGUCUGUAUAUUUUUUCUUUUUCUAUACGUUUUUUAUUACUUUUGUGUGUGUAUCGAUAUCGCUGAGAGGUCACAUUUUUAUUAUCAUUAUCACUGUUAUCAGACGUUCAAUCAUACACUGUGCCAUGUAGACAAUUCCCUAAUUCAUUUUUUGCUGUGUUUUGAGGGAUUCCUUUCUUGCAUUUUAUCUUUUUGUUAUCAUUAUUAUUUUUCUAUGGAACGGAUACCUUCGUCAAACCCUCAAGCCCCAGCCCUCCGCUAGCCCCCUCCUUUCCUUCCUUCCUUCACCUCCCAUGCCUUCUCCAGUCCUCUCUGACCUCCUCUCUCCCUUCCUCAUCCCUCUCCUCCCUUCCUUCCUUCACCUCCCAUGCCUUCUCCAGUCUUCUCUCUCCCUCUCUCUCUCUCUCUCUCCCUCUCUCUCUCUCCCCACCCAGCCCAGACAUACUCUACCUCACUUAACGGUAUAUAUGCCCACCUCUCACUCACUCACUCACUCACUCUCUUUUUUUGCAUUCAGCAGCAGAAUAGUUUAGUUGUCAAGGUUUUAUAAUUAUUUUUUUAUUAUUAUUAUUAUUAUCUCUCUCUCUCUCUCUCUCUCUCUCUCUCUCUCUCUCUCUCUCUCUCUCUCUCUCUCUCUCUCUCUCUCUCUCUCUCUCUCUCUCUCACACACACACACACACACACACACACACACACACACACACACACACACACACACACACACACAUACAGAGAGAGAGAGAGAGCAUAUGCUUUGCGGAGACUUAACAAACUGUGGUGAGGGAGGAGAGGAGAGGAGGAAAAAUAGGGUUCGGUGAGGGAUAAAGGGAAAGCUGAGAAAGGGAGGAGGAGAAGGUGAACGGCCAGGCUAAGUAAGAAAGAGAGAAGAGAGAGGAGAAAGUAAUCCAUAUUCUAUCCAUUCACAGUUAGCACAUCUGUCUGUCUGUCUGUCUGUACGUAUGCUUUGCCUUGUGUUAAGACAAAUGGAAUCACUUCACACUAAAGUACAAAGUCAUUUUCUUUUCACGAUGUAAGAAAUACCUCCGUUUAGUAGAUUUUUAUGUGCUUUAAGCUGUGUGUGUGUGUGUGUGUGUGUGUGUGUGUGUGUUCAUAGUACAGAAAAUAAGUUUGUAAAUGAGGAUGAUAGCGAUGAUUGUAAUGACACACACACACACACACACACACACACACACACACACACACACACACACACACACACACACACACACACACAC